UUAAAAAUUAGGAAUAGCUCGUUGUAUUUUUAACUAAUGUAUGUUUUUAAAAAUUAGAUUACACCACCACCUUCACUGUCAGAUCCACUUAAAGAGCUUUUUCGGCAACAAGAAGUUGUAAGAAUGAAACUACGUUUGCAACACAGUAUUGAAAGGGAAAAACUCAUUGUAUCCAAUGAACAGGAAGUUCUACGAGUUCAUUACAGAGCUGCAAGAACAUUGGCAAAUCAAACACUGCCAUUUAGCGCAUGCACUGUGUUACUGGACGCAGAAGUGUACAGUGUGCCGCUGGACGCUCAGUCUGAUGACAGUAAAACUUCUGUGAGGGAUCGCUUUAAUGCAAGACAAUUCAUGUCUUGGUUACAAGAUGUGGAUGAUAAAUUUGACAAAUUAAAGACCUGUCUUUUAAUGAGACAACAACAUGAAGCUGCAGCUUUAAAUGCCGUCCAGAGAUUAGAAUGGCAGCUCAAACUCCAGGAACUUGAUCCUGCCACCUAUAAAUCUAUCAGUAUUUAUGAAAUCCAGGAGUUUUAUGUUCCCCUUGUUGAUGUUAAUGAUGACUUUGAAUUAACUCCCAUAUAGCAGCCAUUCCUUCUGGUGGUGUCGUCUUAAACUCAUGUGGCUCAAGAGUAUUAAACUGUGGAACACUGCCUUUUGAGAAAAAUACUGAUAUUAUGCCUUUACAGUUGUUAGUAAAGUUUGACUAAAGUUGGUUAUGUAUGUAGUAAACACUGUCAUUUUAUAAAGAAUGAAAAGAGAAUUAUUUUGGAUCCUAGAUCCAGUUUCUAACUGAAAUCUAGUAUUUAUAUUGGUGAGAGGUAACUAUUACAUUAGAGCAUGUUGGCAGACCGUGGUAGAUAUUUCAAAAGCUGAGAAUCUGCUAACAGCACUGGAAGUUGUUAGCGCUCCUAAGUAACAAGAUAACCACUAGUAUUCAAAUCUUUAAAGUUUUAUUAAAAUAUAUUGGUAAACUAAAAGGUUCAAUUCCUACCAAAUAGUUUCUAAUGUGGAAGAAAAACUUGGCACAAAAUUUCUUCAGUUUAUUUUAUCUGUAAAUUAAUUGUACAGUUUUCUUUUCAAAGUUUUAAUAUUGUCUUCCUUUUUAAUAACUUAUUUUAUACAUAUUGUGCAGAUGUAAAUCUUGUAAUUAAUGGUCAAAAUGUAUACAAAGGGAUUGGUAGUCAAAACAUGUACAAAGAAAUAAUUGUAAAGCUGUUGUGUCUAAUGUUUUAUUGGACCAAAGUUGUCGUUUGUAUGGAGUGUAGUAGUAAUGUGUUCAGGUAGCAAAACUUUUAAAUAAGGCCUGCAUGUGUUUGAGUUAGCUUGUUUUCAUCACCAUAACUGUAAAGGUUGUGACUUAGUUGUACUGCAUGCUUCCUACAGUUUAACUCUCUCCAUAAGCAAUGCCUGAAGUAGUGUAGGGUGUUUCAUGCCAGUCUCCUGGGAUAGUACCUAUGACUCACUAUGUUGGACACAUUAUUUAGAAUUAGUCAUGCAAAGAAACAGCUCUUAUUUCAUCUCACACAGUAGAACCCAUUCCCCCUCCCAAAAUGCCUUUGAAUGAAAAAUCUGAAGUUGUAAAUGUCUAUUUUAAUACUCAAGUAUGAAAGAAUCUGUGAAUAUAUGUAAAUAUGUUUAAUAAAUUUUAUUGGUCAUGUUAAAUCAUUGUAAAACUUUUUUACAUUGCUUAAAUAUAAUGUUUUAAGCUUAAUAACCUUUGCACUUUUAAAAUACAAACUGAGUACUCAAAUCAAAAAAAGAGAUAUUUGGUAGUCAAAAGUACAAGAAACAGGCAUAUUCUGAUCAAUCUCUUCAAUAUUUAUGAAAAAUUGAUUAAUAUGUUGUAUUUUUUCCUUGUAUC